AUGACGCCGACCGUGCUAGACCUGGCCGCUCUAUUCAGCCUCUCCUCUCUCGGCAUGGAGGUGAACGCCGCUUUGGUCGCCCCUGAGGCCGAAGGGAGCUUUAAGGCCGCAUGGCCCACAGUUGCCAAGCUUGCUGGGAGCAAGGUGAAGAACAUGCUCAACUACUCCAGCUUCUACGGCAACUUCGGUGUGGAGGAUAUCGCCGAUGAUGAUUCGAUUGCUCCCUUGGGCGAGGUCGAGCAUGCCGCGUUCUUGCUGUAUUGGCUGUGCAAGUUCGUGUUUUGCACCCAGGCGAACAAAGUCACCCUGGAGUUCGCCCAUCUGGCCGACUAUCUUGCGCAAGGCGGAAGGCUGGCACUCGGCCCAUUCCUCCUCGGUCACAUCUACCGCACGCUUCACGAUGUGGUUACCGACGGGAUGAAGCCGAAGCACGGUGGUCCACGGUGGGCCUUCCAGUUCUGGUUGCAGGCCUACUUCCCAGAGCUGAGGGGUGCGGUUAGCGUCGCCGAUACCGAGCCGUUGGCCACCGCAUUCGCCCGGGCCCCCAAGAAGCACAAUGCCUCGACCUUCUGCUACAAGUUUUUCUAUGAGCUGACCGAGAGGACCGGGUCGCAGUUCCGGGUGUCCCUCGCUCGACCGUAUCCCUUGUACCUGGCACACGACCUCUCCAUAAUUCCUGAUGGCGAGACGGAGAACGACUUGAGGGAGAUCUGGGGCUCCUUUUUGGUCAAGUGUGACCUUCACUGUGGCCUGUCCAAGGCCGGGGCUGAGGUUUAUUUGCCGCAUUUCGUGGCGCGGCAAUUCGGCCUAAUCCAAAUGGCGCCGCUCCCGCCGCUGUCGAUCAACCGGCUCUCGUCCUGGAGGGCCGACGUUGCCCAGCAGCAUUGCAUGGCUGGGAUUUCCUUCCAUCUUCAGAAAGGGAUGUCCUUCAUUACGCUGAGGCCGUGGAUGCGUCGAAACGCGGUUGACGAAGAUGGAAGGCUUUGGUACAAGGACUGCAUCUCGACCAGAUUCAUCCGGCCCGCUGAAGAGGCCGUGAUGGGGGCCCUGAAGAAUGCAGAUUGGGACCCCUCCUUCCCAAGGCUGGCAAAGGGAAGAAAGCCCCGGCCGUGCCUUCUCGACCAAGUACGCCGACCGCGGCUGUACCCAGGGUGGCGGCCCCUCCCUUGGCUAGAACAGUGA